AGAAAGGAAUCACAUAAACCUCAUAGAAAAUCGAGUGGAGGGAAAAAGUUAAAAAAGAAUCAACAAAAAAAAUCGGAAAUGGAUAAAGAGGAAAGUAGAGAGAAGUGUAAUAAGGAAAGAAAUUUUAAGGCUUUUUCCAUGUAUUCAGCUGUAAGAGCUGGGAGAGCAGCUCGCAGAGCUCUUGAUUUAGCAACCAAAAAACAUCACUUACCCGUGCCCAUUCGAACUGUUGCGACUCCUCCGCCUUAUGUCAUCGUCGUGGUGGGCCCCCCCAAAGUCGGAAAAACUACACUUAUUAGAUCUUUGAUAAAACAUUAUACCAAACAAAAAGUAGUUAAGCCUAUUGGUCCUAUAACUAUUAUCUCUGGCAAGAACAAAAAACUUACUUUUAUGGAGUGUAACAACGAUCUGAACUCUAUGAUUGAUUUAGCCAAAGUGGCUGAUUUAGUGCUUAUGAUAAUAGACGCUAGUUUUGGUUUUGAAAUGGAAACUUUUGAAUUUUUAAACAUUUUGCAAGUUCACGGCUUUCCUAAGGUGAUGGGCGUGCUUACUCAUUUGGAUUUAUUUAAGCAAAAUAAACGAUUGAAUAAAAUUAAAAAAAGACUGAAGCAUAGAUUUUGGACGGAAAUUUAUCAGGGAGCCAAACUUUUUUAUCUUUCUGGGAUGAUUGGCGACGGUUAUCACCGAAGAGAAAUUAUGAAUCUUUCGAGAUUUAUAUCGGUGAUGAAGUUCCGUCCUUUAGUUUGGAGAAGUACACACCCGUACGUUCUGGUAGACCGCGUUGAAGAUCUCACUGAUCCCGAGCUGGUGAAAAGAAAUCCAACCACUGCUCGGACAGUUUCCUUCUACGGAUACUCUCGCGGCAUCAGUUUUAAACCAAGCAUAAAAAUCCAUAUCCCAGGAGUAGGCGACCUGCCCAUGAAAGACGUGAGUUUCCUGCCCGAUCCGUGUCCGCUCCCAGAGGAACAGAAAAAGCGGAAACUGCUGGAAAAAGAAACCCUCAUAUACGCGCCCAUGUGCGACGUCGGGGAAACGCUUUAUGAUAAAGAUGCCGUUUAUGUCGAAAUGGGACAAAACGUUCGGAAGCUGGACCUGUCUAGUGGCGAGAAAGACAUAUUAGUGGGAGAGGGCGUCGGCAUAGUAAAUCAGCUAGUGAAGGCAGCGGCGCCCAUCGACGAGGCAUGCAAGGCUAGCACAGUGAAGCUUUUUGCUGCUUCCAGCGGAAUAAAGGGGAGCGCGGACGUUUUCGAGGGCGUCCGCAGCGAUGCCUUGGGGACGGAAACAGAGCCCAACCCUCGCAUAAGACGGAAGGUUGUCUUCUCAGAUGUCGAAUCGGAAAGCGACAGCGGGUUGCGGUGGAAAGAGCACAUGGCCGACAAAGCAGAACAAGCUUUUCUCCAACCCCGCCCCCCUGACUUAAUGGGCGCUGUUUACAACACGAAUCACACCAGUGCGAUUAAUUCAUUGGACGAGUCUGAGCCAGAGGACGACGACUUUUUCUCGAAAGAAAGACACGAGAAGGUGGGUGAUCAGGAGAUCGCCGUCACGGAGGACUCCAGCAAGAUUCGCGAGACGGGGCUCCACUGGGAUGAGGAAGACGUGCAGAAACUCCUUAGAAACAAGUUUGUUACCGGAGAAUGGGGGAGCGAAGACGCCGAGAAGCUUUUGAUGGAAGACGAGGAAAGCGACGCCGAUGGUGACUUCGAGGACCUCGAAAUUGCGUCGUCUGAGCACAAAGCAGAGGAAUCGCCACGUGACGUCGUUCAACAAUCGGACCGGCUCCGCUAUGAAGAAAAAGUUCUGAAGAAGGCUGAGUUUGACCGCAUGUACGACAAUAAAGACAACGACGGACUGUUUCAAGAGAUGAAAGAAAGUUUUGCCAAGCAGGCAAGAAUCAACGAAAGCGAGUUCGAAAACGAGGCGGCGGAGCAGCGGAUCCAGUACGAAGGCUUCCGACCGGGUCUUUAUCUCCGGAUCGUCGUCGAGAACGUUCCCUCGGAGUUCUGCCAGCAUCUUGACCCUUCUUACCCAAUUAUUAUCGGAGGGCUGCUCAGCAACGAAGAAAACAUCGGGUUUGUCCACGUGCGAAUCAAAAAACACCGCUGGUUUCCCCGUAUCCUGAAAAACAACGAUCCACUGAUCAUUUCGCUGGGCUGGAGGAGGUUCCAGACGGCCAUGCAGUAUUCCAUGCAAGACCACAACAUGCGCAACAGACUGCUCAAAUAUACUCCAAAACACAUGCACUGUCGAGCUACCUUCUACGGGCCGCUGGUAACGCCCAACACGGGCUUUCUUGGAGUUCAGACUGUCGAUAGGACACCAGGCUUUCGAAUAGCCGCCACUGGAGUUGUCCUCGAGCAGGAUGCGUGUUUUAAAGUAGUUAAAAAGCUGAAAUUGACUGGCGUUCCGCACAAAGUUUUUACCAACACCGCCUUUAUCAAAGACAUGUUUACAUCGGAUUUGGAAGUCUCGAAAUUCAUUGGCGCCAGCAUCCGAACAGUCUCUGGCAUCCGCGGGACCAUUAAAAAGACUCUCUCGGCUCCACUAGGAAGUUUCCGCGCGACAUUUGAGGACAAAAUCAAACUUAGCGACAUUGUUUUCCUGCGGGCGUGGUACCCAGUGGAGCCCCUCCGCUACUACAAUCCGGUGACCUCACUGUUGCAGGCAGACAAAGGCAGCUGGACGGGAAUGAAAACCGUUGGGCAGUUGCGCUUCGAGAGGAACUUAAAGGCCAGAUGCAAAGCAGACUCGCACUACAAGUUGAUAAAAAGAGAACCCGUUCAGUUUAGCAAGCUGACUAUUCCCAAGUCGCUCCAAGCUGAACUGCCGUAUAAAUCAAAGCCGAAACUACUUAUAAAAAAGAGCGAAAAAACUGUUAGAAAACAAAAAGCGAAAAAGAAAAUAUUCAAAAUAAUGAGUAAAGAAGAAAAGCAGAUUAACGUACUUCUGCAGCAGCUGAACACGAUAAAGAACCUCAAACUCACCACUAAGCUGAAAAAAAAGCAAGAGGCCGACCAACGAAGAGCAAAGGAACUUGAGAAGGACGAGGCAAAGGCGCUUAAGCGGCAAAAGGCUUGGAAAAAACAAAUAAACAGGAAGAGAUCCAAGAGAGAGGGAGUCGCCCGCCGGAAGUCUGCGUCAGCAAGCUGAUUUAGCACCGCACUUUCGGCGAUGCAAGCAAAUUUUAUAGGUGACUCGAAUUUUAUUAUGUAUUGUCGUCGCUUUACAAGUAGAAGCUAUUAUUUGCAGUACCUGUCAGCCUUAAUUUUUGAACGGCGCUCCUAAAAAACAAUCUUAAUAAU